AUGCAAACCCUAUCGACAAAACCUACUAAUAAACUGGUCUAUUUGACCUUUAUGGUCAUAGGUGGCUCCUAUCUAUGGCCCUGGAACUGUUUUCUAUCUGCAAUCUCAUAUUUUUAUACACGCAUUUACGAUGAUCAUUUACGCAGUAUUCUUUCCAGUAGUUUAAUGACUAUAAGUACAGUUACUUCGACCCUGGUGUUUUUGUACCUGGCUGAUAAACAACGCUAUGCCAACUAUCCUCGUCGUAUCGUCUAUGGUGAAAUCAUCACUGCUGUUGUUUUCCUGUUUCUUGCGCUGUCAUGCUUUGUAACACUGUCAAGCGAUGCUGUUUACUUUGGGUUUCUCCUUUUUGCCAUGUUUAUGGCAACAGUUGGAACAUCAUACACCCAAAACGGCUCUAUUGCCGUCGUCAGUUUAUAUGAACCAGUCUACACACAAGCCGUAAUGGUGGGCCAGGCAUUUGCUGGUAUUGUUCCGCCUUUAGGCUCUAUUCUUUCUGCUCUUUCAUACGAAACCGGUGAUGGCACCACUGCAGACUCUACUUCAACCUCGGACUCCCCAAGCGAGCUUGACUCUUCUUCUUCUUGGGCUCAGUGGUCUUCGUUUGUUUACUUCAUUAUUGCGACUGUGCUUUCUCUUUCAGCAGUUUUCCUUUACAUUUUUUCUAUCAAUAAAGUCAAAGUCUUGCAUGAACCUGAUGAGGGCGACUAUCUCAGAUACCAAGAUGAAUUAUCUGAUGACCAGUUUGAGACUGCCGACAUUAUUGAGUCUCAAGAAGAACCUGCAGCAAGCUCUUCCGAGUACACUUCUUUUCUUGGAAGUCCCAACUCUAAACCCAAAAACCCCAAAUCAUCACCUCCUUCUAGCCCAAUCCUUGCCGGUGGUCGCCCUCAUUUACAGAGAUCACAAACUCAUCCUAUCGCUAUUGUAGAAGACGAAGAGGCUCUUGUCAAAGGCGAACAUCACACUUCAGUUUCUCUUACCAAACUUUCCAUUAAACUGAGAAUCCCAGCUACCACGGUCUUUUUAGUCUUUGCAGUCACACUUGCUUACCCAGUUUUUGCCUCUACGGUUCAGUCCAACACUUUUGGAAUCCCAGCUCAUAUUUACAUUCCUGUUGUAUUUUUCGUUUGGAAUUUUGGUGACUUGAUUGGAAGAGUCUUGUGCGCAUUUCCAUUCUUUAUCAUUAAGAGAGAUAGCUACUUUUUGAUUUACGGUAUUGGGCGUGUUCUCUUUAUACCGUUUUUCCUUCUCUUUACUAUGUCUAAAGACAGAAGUGAUAUUUCCUACCUGUUACUUCACUUACUCUUUGGUAUCACCAACGGUCACCUGUGCAGCUGUGCCUUUAUCCAAUUCCCCAAUUAUCUUGAUGAUACGGAGCGCGAAGCUGGUGGUGGCUUUAUGACAUUGAUUCUUUCAUUUGGCUUGACCACUGGCUCGCUUUUCAGUUUUGUUCUUUCUAUUCUUGUCAACUCCAUUUCCAAGUAA